AUGAAAAUCAGAGGCUUCAGGCUCGGACGCAAGGUGGUGAAGGUCUUCAAAUGGAUAAUCCCACCCAGAAGAAAUCCUACAAGGUACCACCACUUGGACCCUCCCACCACCAGAAGAUCCCUCAAUCCCAUGUCCAAAAUCCUCGCCUUGGCAAAGGGUCUCUGCCUUCUCAACCCGCAUCCGGAUUACAUCCGGGCGGGUCAAGACCCGCCGGUAGAAACAAGAAAGCAAGCGGGUGUACCAAAGGGGCACUUGGCCGUGUACGUGGGGAACUCAGACGAUGACACGCAUAGGUACCUGGUGCCUGUCAUUUAUUUCAAUCACCCGCUCUUUUGUGAGCUGUUGCAGGAAACUGAGAAGCUAUACGGGUUCAACCAUCCGGGUGGGAUAACCAUACCCUGUGGGGUUUCGGAGUUUGAGAGGGUGCAGACUCGGAUUGCCGCAGUUGGUGCAAAAGGAGUUUCAGAGGAAGGAGGUGGUGUUGAGGGCGAAAUAGAGGAGUUGGAUAAUGCUGGAAUUAUGUGA